GGGGAAAGUUCCAUCACCAUGAGUCUGGCGUCUCAUUGGUCAUCUUAGAUCUACCCCAGUAUUUUAUGGCUGACAAGAUGCAGGUACUACGGCACUCCGAACACACACUGAAAACGGCUCUCCUCUCAAAGAACCCUGUGCUUGUGUCACAGUACGAGAAGUUAGAUGCUGGGGAACAACGGUUAAUGAAUGAAGCCUUCCAGCCACGCAAUAACCUGUUUGAACCCAUUACUGUGCACUCACAGUCAGACUGGAUCUCCUCCCACCCCGAGGCUCCCCAAGACUUCGAACAGUUUUUCUCUGACCGCUACAGAAAGGCACCCUGUCCAAAGAAACACAUUAUCUACAUUCAGUCCAUUGGCUCUCUAGGCAACACCAGAGUUAUCAGUGAAGAAUAUAUUAAAUGGCUCAAGGGCUACUGUGAAGCAUUUUUCUAUGGUUUAAAGGUGAAGUUCUUAGAACCAGUUUCAGUCUCUGAAACCAAGUGUUCCUUUAGAGUGAAUGAGCACACACAAAACCUACAAAUCCACACAGGACAUAUCCUGGCAUUCUUGAAGAAGAAUAAACCGGAAGAUGCCUUCUGCAUCGUGGGGAUAACAAUGAUCGAUCUCUACCCUCGGGACUCGUGGAACUUCGUCUUUGGACAGGCCUCCUUGUCAAGUGGUGUGGGCAUAUUCAGCUUUGCCAGGUACGGCAAGGACUUCUACACCUCGAAAUAUGAAGGCAGUGUGACGACUCCGCAGCUAAGCAGGAAGCGCGUCGCUGUCCCCAGCUGCGCCCCAGUCCGUCCUUCUUGCGGAUCCACCUCCGCUGGUGGCGGUGGCGGGCGACACCUGUGGCCGCCUCUGGGAGGAGAGCGGAAUUGGCAGCUUGACCUGCAGGGCGUCGAAAACUCAGGUAAACCACCGCAGCCUGAUGCACCCCACUGCGGGGAGACCCCGUCCACUCCCACUCCCACCAAGGCCCGGCUAGAUGGCACCUAA